UAAUACGAAGGUGGAGGUGGAGAUUUGUAUUCAACUUUUGGAGAAGGAGAAUAUGAUGGUGGUGGUGGAGAACUGUAGACGUAUGGUGGUGGAGGAGACUUAUAGUCAACCUUUGGAGAAGGGGAUGGUGAGUAGUAUGGUGGUGGUGGUGGGGAACUGUAGACGUAUGGUGGUGGAGGAGAUUUGUACUCAACCUUUGGAGAAG